GUGACGUCACCGCCGGCCCGUGUUUACAGCUGCCUGCGGAACGGGGAGAUACAAACUACCGGCACCGGGCACCGGCAGCACCGCCGGGAUCCAGCACCGGGCAGCGGCAGCAGAACCGGACACCGCCUGCGGACACCGGCACCGCCACCGGGACCCGGCUCCUCCGCCCGCGCCGCCCCCGGGGCUCUCCCGGCAGCGCCCGCCCGGAUCGGCACCAGGGUCAGCGCCGGUCCGGGGGACCCGCACCGGCCCCGGCCCCGGCAGCGGGGCUCGCCAUGGGGCUGCGUGCCGGGGCGCGCCCCGGCUGACCCUUCCCGUCCCGUCCCGUCCCGUCCCGUCCCGUCCCGCCCCGGCGGACCUUGGCCGGCCGGAGAGCGGAGCGGCUCGGAGCGGCGCGGCGCGGCGCGGCCGGGGAUGCUGGCGGGAUGCCGGGCACCGGGGCGGCCGUGCUGGCCUGGGCGCUGCUGGCCUGGGCGCUGCUGGCCCUGCCGCCCGCCCUGCCCCAGCCCCGCGGCCGCCGGCGGGUGGAGGAGAAGGAGGCCCGCUUCAACACCACCUACGCCGACUGGGUGGACGCCGACCUGCUCAACAUCUACGCCUUCAACCACAGCGUCCGCAGGAACAGGACGGAGGGGGUGCGGGUGUCGGUGAACGUCCUCUCCGACCACAAGGACUUGCCCGUCCUCUUCGUAGUGAGGCAGAAGGAGGCGGUGGUCUCCUUCCAGGUGCCGCUCAUCCUCCGGGGCCUGUACCAGCGGAAGUACGCGUACCAGGAGGUGAGCCGCACGCUCUGCCAGCCCCAGACCAAGGCGGAGGUAGAGACCCAGCACUUCUACGUGGACGUCUCCACGCUGUCCCUCAACGCCUCCUACCAGCUGCGGGUCACCCACGUGGAGAACUUCGUGCUGCGGACCAACGAAAGGUUCGGCUUCAAUGCCACGGCAGCCCAGCCGCAGUAUUUCAAGUAUGAGUUCCCCGAGGGAGUGGACUCGGUGAUCGUGAAGGUGACCUCGGCCAUGGCCUUCCCCUGCUCCGUCAUCUCCAUCCAGGACAUCCUGUGCCCUGUCUAUGACUUGGACAACAACGUGGCCUUCAUCGGGAUGUACCAGACCAUGACAAAGAAGGCGGCCAUCACAGUGCAGAAGAAGGAUUUCCCCAGCAACAGCUUCUAUGUGGUGGUGGUGGUGAAGACGGAGGACGAGGCGUGCGGGGGGGCUCUGCCCUACUACCCCCUCUCCAAAAAUGCCUCCCCAGAUGAACCCGUGGAUCAGCACAACCGGCAGAAGAUGCUGGAGGUGACGGUGUCGCCCGCCAUAACCUCGGAAGCCUAUGUGAGCAGCGUGCUCUUCUGCCUGGGCAUCUUCCUCUCCUUCUACGUCCUCACGCUGCUCAUCGCCUGCUGGGAGAACUGCCGGCAGCAGAAGAGGAAGGGGCUCCUGGCAGCCAUGGACUCGCCCAGCCUGGACACAGCAUCUCUACUGGGGCACACCCGCAGCAUCCCGGACUCCUUCCUGGGCCAUCAUCCCUACGACAGCUAUGGUUACGGCUCCUUUGGUGAGUGCUGUGCACCCUCCCCUCCCCUCGCCUCCCUGCCCGUCAGCAGGCAGCCAUGCCCACCCGGUCUGGCCAUCCUCAUCCUUGCAGGGAACGGUUCCUCUGGCAGCGCUGAGGGCGUCACGGACAGCAUGGGCUCCACGGAGGUCCCCUACGGCUACGCGGGCCAGGAGCAGUUCAAGCGGCGCACGUCCUCCACCCCGAUGAGGCCGCUGAGCAUUGCCAUGGGGGAGCGGUCGCUAGAGAACGUGGCCAGCCGGCCGCGCCUGGACUCGCUCAGCUCCGUUGAGGAGGACGACUACGACACGCUGGCCGACAUCGACUACGACAAGAACGUCAUCCGCACCAAGAAAUACCUCUGCGUGGCCGACCUGGCCCGCAAGGACAAGCGGGUGCUGCGGAAGAAGUACCAGAUCUACUUCUGGAACAUUGCCACCAUCGCUGUCUUCUACGCCCUCCCUGUCAUCCAGCUCGUCAUUACCUACCAGACGGUGGUGAAUGUCACCGGCAACCAGGACAUCUGCUACUACAACUUUCUGUGUGCCCACCCGUUGGGGAACCUCAGCGCCUUCAACAACAUCCUCAGCAACCUGGGCUACGUGCUGCUGGGCUUGCUCUUCCUGCUCAUCAUCCUGCAGCGAGAGAUCAACUACAACCGGGCGCUCAUGCGCAAUGACGCCCACGCCCUGGAGUGCGGCAUCCCCAAGCACUUCGGGCUUUUCUAUGCCAUGGGCACCGCCCUCAUGAUGGAGGGGCUGCUCAGCGCCUGCUACCACGUCUGCCCCAACUACACCAACUUCCAGUUCGACACCUCCUUCAUGUACAUGAUCGCGGGGCUCUGCAUGCUGAAGCUCUACCAGAAGCGCCACCCGGACAUCAAUGCCAGCGCCUACAGUGCCUACGCCUGCCUGGCCCUCGUCAUCUUCUUCUCCGUCGUCGGUGUGGUCUUCGGGAAGGGGAACACGGCCUUCUGGAUCGUCUUCUCCGUCAUCCACAUCGUGGCCACGCUGCUGCUGAGCACCCAGCUCUACUACAUGGGGCGCUGGAAGCUGGACUCGGGCAUCCUGCGCAGGAUCCUGCACGUGCUGUACACGGACUGCGUCCGGCAGUGCAGCGGGCCCAUGUACGUGGAUCGAAUGGUGCUCUUGGUCAUGGGAAACAUCAUCAACUGGUCGCUCGCUGCCUACGGCCUCAUUGUCCGCCCCAAUGACUUUGCUUCCUACCUGCUGGCCAUCGGCAUCUGCAACCUCCUCCUCUACUUUGCCUUCUACAUCAUCAUGAAGCUCCGCAGCGGCGAGCGCAUCAAGCUCAUCCCCUUGCUCUGCAUCAUCGGCACCUCGGUGGUCUGGGGCUUUGCCCUCUUCUUCUUCUUCCAGGGGCUCAGCACCUGGCAGAAAACGCCGGCCGAGUCCCGGGAGCACAACCGCGACUGCAUCCUGCUCGACUUCUUUGACGAUCACGACAUCUGGCACUUCCUCUCCUCCAUCGCCAUGUUCGGCUCCUUCCUGGUGCUGCUGACGCUGGACGAUGACCUGGACUGUGUCCAGCGGGACAAGAUCUACGUCUUCUAGGGGCCGCCAGCCGCCCACUGCCCUGGGAUCGUGCCAAACGCCCGGCCACAGCCCCCCGGGAGUGGGGACCUGUCAGGGUCACGCGUGCCCCUGGGGAGGGAUGCCCAUGCUGCGGGUCCCGCCAGCCGCUCCGUCCCCCUCCCCGCACAGCCUGGGGGUCUCGGUGCGCCUCCUCCCUGCCGGCCGGGUCCCUCCCUGCCGCUACGUGCCCGUCGUAGCCAAAAAUGGGGCUGGGGGGCCUCCGGGGCACCCGUCCUCGGUGGCAAGCGACACUGGAAAAUGUGCUGCUGCUGCUGCUGCUCCGCGUCUGUGCACCCGCGGUGUGAGGGGCCGGGGCGAGCGUCGUGCCAACGGCCCCGUGGCCCCCCGAGCACACGGGUGUGGGUCUCUCUUCAGUGCCUGAGUCGUACGGGUGGGCGGUGGGGUGUGUGCGUCCACGGUGGCGGCGGCGUGGCAGGAGGCCCCACUCGCGUUUCCUUCAGCGUGCCAGGGGGGUGCCGGCCGCUGCGUGGUCCCCCCCCCCCGUCGUCGCUCCCCACCAGGGGUCUCCGUGUGUUCUCCGCGCGUGGGUCUGCUGGGAAGGGACUCGCAUUAAAGUGUCUGCACUUUGCCCGCGCCUGCCGCCUCCUGCCUGGGCAGCGGGAGCCCCCGGGGGUCC